AUGAUACGGCUUGGAGCUCGCAGACUUCCAGGAUCUAUUCCCUCAUCUCGGGUGUCUCCUCUCGUUAAUGAAAGGGCUUUACAACUUCGUCAGUUGUCGUCAACUGCUCGUCUUCUCAACGGCUUUCCCGUCAAGAAAUCUCCAAGUAGAUUGCUGAAGAUCUGGAAAAACACCAAGAGACUCGGGCUUCUUUCCGUGUUAGUCACGGGAGGAUUGCUCGGCUACCAUGUUUAUCAAGAUUCGCAUCCUGCUGAUCAAGUAAAGCAAGUUCCAUUUUUCGAAAAUGGUCAAAAGAAGAAAACCAUCGUGAUUUUGGGUUCUGGUUGGGGUUCUAUUUCUUUGCUCAAGAAUUUGGACACCUCGUUGUACAACGUAGUGAUUGUUUCUCCUAGAAACUACUUCCUUUUCACCCCAUUGUUACCUUCCUGCCCUACAGGUACUGUUGAAAUUAGAUCCAUUAUUGAACCUGUGCGUACCAUCACCCGUAAGCUGAAGGGAGAAGUUAUUUACUUGGAAGCCGAAGCCACGGAAAUUGACCCCGUUGAACAGAAAAUUACCAUCAAGCAGUCCACCACCGUUCAUUCUGGUCACUCUGGUUCCGAUACCAGCUCCUCCAAAUCGACAAUCGCCGACUACGGAGGUGUAGAAGAAAUCUCAACCUCGCUCAAUUACGAUUAUUUGGUUGUGGGUGUUGGCGCCCAGCCUUCGACUUUUGGAAUUCCCGGUGUGGAGACCCACUCUGUUUUCUUGAAGGAGAUCAGUGAUGCAGUCACCAUUAGAAGACGUUUGAUGGAUCUUAUCGAAGCAGCCAACAUUUUGCCAAAGGGAGACGAAGAGAGAAAGAGAUUGCUUAGCGUUGUCGUUUGUGGUGGUGGUCCUACUGGUGUUGAGGUUGCUGGUGAGUUGCAAGACUACAUUGACCAAGACUUGAAAAAAUGGAUGCCCGAAGUUUCCUCUGAAUUGAAGAUCACCCUUGUGGAAGCAUUACCUCAAGUGUUGAACACCUUUAGUGAAAAAUUGGUCGAGUACACUGAGCAAGUAUUCCAGGACACCAAUAUCGAUUUGAGAACUAAUACUAUGAUCAAGAAAGUUGACGAUAGAAUGGUUAUGGGUACCCACAAGGUGAACGGAAAGGAUGAGUACGUUGAAUUUCCUUAUGGUAUGUUGAUCUGGGCCACUGGUAAUGCACCAAGAGGUAUUGUUCGUUCGUUGAUUUCAAAGAUUGAUGAACAACGUAAUGCUAAGCGUGGUUUAUUAGUUGAUGAUAGACUUUUGGUCGAUGGUACAAACAAUAUCUAUGCCUUGGGAGAUUGUACCUUUACCAAAUACGCUCCUACUGCUCAGGUUGCAUUCCAAGAGGGUAUUUUCUUGGGUAAACACUUUGAAGAGUUGCACGAAAUUGAUACUUUGAAGUACAAGCUUGAGCACCCAGAUCCUAAAGACAAUGUUGAGAGAUUGACCAAGAAACUUAACCGUUUGCAGGCCAAGUUACCUAUCUUCCACUACAACCAUCAAGGAUCUUUAGCUUACAUUGGAUCUGAGAGAGCCGUUGCCGAUCUUGUGUGGGGCGAUUGGUCGAAUGUUUCUACCGGUGGUACAAUCACAUUUUUGUUCUGGAGAUCUGCUUACAUUUACAUGUGUCUCUCCAUCAAGAACCAAAUUCUCGUUUGUAUGGACUGGCUCAAGGUUUCCAUGUUUGGAAGAGAUUGUUCAAAAGAAUAA